AUGUUGCCCAUCAUGAGACUCGUCGUUUGCUUGCUCACCACGCUCGUUCCCCUCUCCCGAGCGUACAGAUACGACCCGCAAUAUGUUGCGCACAACCUCAACCAGAACAAGACGGCGGUCAAUCCGCUCGACUAUUGGGGACAAUGGGACGAUCAUCGUUAUACACCUUCCCCGAAGAACUGGCGAUUCCCGUUCUACACGAUCUUCAUGGAUCGCUUUGUGAACGGAGAUCCGACGAACGACAACAUCAACGGUACCAUGUACGAGCAUGAUUCGAAUUCUAAUCAGCUGCGACAUGGAGGAGACAUUCAAGGUCUCGUGGAUACUCUGGAUUAUCUUCACGGAAUGGGAAUCAAGGGUUUGUACCUGGCCGGCUCGCCUUUCAUCAAUGCGCCCUGGGGCUACGACCAAUACUCUCCUCUCGAUCUCUCCAUUCUCGACCUCCACUUCGGCACCAUUGACGUCUGGCGCAAUGCGAUCGACGAAAUUCACGCGCGUGGAAUGUACGUUGUCUUGGACAACACAUUCGCUACUCUCGGUGAUUUGAUCGGAUUCGACGGUUACCUGAAUCAAACCGCACCCUUCACUCUGCAGGAGCAUCAAGUUCAGUACAAGAGCGACCGGCAGUAUUGGGACUUCGACUUUGGAAAUGACUACAACAAGACCUGUGAAUACCCGGCGUUCUGGGGUCAAGAGGGCUACCCGCUUGGAGAUUACAUCUCCGACCAAGUGCAGGGCUGCUACAACUCCGAUUUCGACCAGUAUGGCGAUACGGAGGCCUUUGGUGUGUUUCCCAACUGGCGCCGUCAAUUGAGCAAGUUCGCCUCCGUGCAAGAUCGUCUGAGAGAAUGGCAUCCCCCUGUCCGGGCCAAGCUGGAGAACUUUUACUGCAUGGCAAUCGCCAUGUUGGACGUCGAUGGUUACCGGUACGACAAGGCUUGUCAAGCUACAAUCGAUGCACUGAGCGAGAUGAACCACGCCAUGCGAGCUUGUGCGCGACGAUUCGGCAAGGAGAACUUCUUUCUCCCCGGUGAAAUCACUCCCGGCAAUGACUUUGGUGCCACCUACGUGGGUCGCGGACGUCAGCCUAACCAGCUCCCGGAAAACUUCACUCAAGCGGCGACUUUACAGGCCAACGCUUCCAGGAACCAGCAGUACUUCAUUCGCGAACCGGGCUAUGGUGCUCUCGACUCCGCAGCUUUCCACUACACUGUCUACCGCACCCUCACCCGCUUCCUGGGCAUGGACGGCAAUCUUGCUGCCGGCUACGAUGCUCCGCUCAAUUGGGUUGACCAGUGGAAUACGUACUUACUCACGAACGAUUUCAUCAACGCAAACACCGGCGAAUUCGAUCCCCGUCACAUGAUGGGAGCGACCAACCAGGAUGUCUUCCGCUGGGGAGGCAUCACAAACGGUGUGCAGCGUCAGCUUCUCGGCCAUUACGUGACUACGCUCCUCAUGCCCGGCCUCCCGCUUCUCCUCUGGGGAGAAGAGCAGGAGUUCUACAUUCUUGACAGCACCGCCGAUAACUACAUCUUUGGCCGCCAAGCCAUGUCGACCGCGACCGCAUGGCAAACGCAUGGAUGCUAUCAUCUCGGAUCCCUUCAGUACUACAACAUGCCCUUGGACAAGGUUCGGCAUGGGUGCUCCGACGACAGCGUCAGUCUCGAUCACAGAGAUCCGUCUGCGCCGGUCCGCAACAUCCUUCGUCGCAUGUACCAGCUCCGCGAGGCGUACCCAGUACUCAACGACGGCUUUGCUCUGCAACAGCUGUCGAACAUGACCUGGAACAUCUACCUUCCUGGUUCCAGUGGAAUUGCAACCGAGACUGGGCUGUACAGCGUCUUGCGAUCCGGCCUGUACGGAGUGCAAGACUUUGGCCAUCAAGGCUACGUCUGGCUCGUCUACUCCAACUACAAUGAGUCGAAGACUUACGAGUUCAAGUGCAGCGACCCUGACCAGACGCUGAACACGAAAGCGCUGAUUGCGCCGUUCCAUGUCGGCUCCCAUGUCAAGAACCUGCUAUACCCCUACGACGAGCACAUUCUGGAGAACAGCACCCAGAAACUCUACAUCAACAACGCCACCAAAAACAACGGGUGUCUCAGCUCUCUCACUCUGGAGCCGUAUGACUUCCGAGCGUACGUGCCCAUCGAAUACUGGAUCGAGCCAAUUCCCAUGAUCACAAAGUUCCAGCCGGGUCAUGAUGCUCGUCUCGUGUCCAAGGUCGACCAGUACAGCACCGAGGACAUUGAAGUCGAGAUUCAAUUUUCGGAAACCAUGGACUGCAACAGUGUGACGGACGGCAUCUCUUUCCAAUCAACGACCGAGUUAGAAAUUCGUCCCAGUGUGGUCAGAGACAGUGUGCGCUGUGGCGAGGUUUGGCGCCCGGAGAACAUCAGCUAUGUUGGUGCUAUCCAAUCCGUCUGGGCAUGGAAGGCCACUCUUACCGACGUGGCGAAUGGCGUGCACCAGUUGAUUGUCAGCAACGUCAGCACUCUCGGUCAAAUCACUACCACCAACGUGACGGAUCGCUUCCUGUUCCGAGUGGGCCAGAUUGAGAACCCCAUGGUCUUUCAGCAAGCCAACUAUUCGACGUCGCUCUUCCUUAAGCUCGAGGAGGGCCCGCUUCUGGUCAACCACUCUGCGGCCGGCGCCGACUUGUGGAGAUACAGCACCAACUUUGAGUCCUCGUUCUCCGACUGGAUGCCGUACACUGGCGGCAUUCACGAGAUCGAACCACAGCCGUGGUCUGGCACCAAGGUGCAAGCGUGGCACGGCCAUCAUCUGCGGGUCGAGUACUACAGCCGCUUGUCUGGCUCCAGCGAUCACAUACAGCAAGGUGACAUCGGUGCCAAGCAACGUCGCUUCCCGCAUCUCUUCCUGAACGGUCCUUACAAUUACUGGGGCUAUGAUGCUGGGUUGGAGAACCAGCUUCAGCUCACAGACGACGGAACCUGGGAGCGUCACUGGUCGGUCGAAUGGUCCAUGAACGGUACCAUCGCUCAACUCAAUGUUUGGGGCAUGGAUCCGAACGGAGCACCAGACUCACAAGUUGUCAUGGGCGACAUCGACGGAGACUCCAUCCUUGAUCGUGUGCCGCCUUCCUACCUCGCCCCAGUCGUGUUGAACAUCACAGAAGCCCCACCAAGGCCCUACUGGAGCUGGAAGUUUAUCGUCAACGACGGCGAUAUGCGCUUCUUCAUCAUCCCCGCGGGCAACAUGUGGGUGUCGCUCAUCCUCUACUGCCUUUUGGCUGCGAUCCCACUCAUCACCGCGGUCGCCUCCGUCUGGAUCUUCGCCGGCAGCUUCUACAAGAUCAAGUUCAACGAGAUCGGCAUCUCCCAGAAGGAGUCCUUCAUUCCCUACUCCAUGAAAAAGUCUCUUGGCUUCAUGGUGAGCGUGGAAGAAGUGGACGAUGAUCCUCGCGUGGGCGUCAAUGUGGUGCCUCCGAGGAAUGCUCCCAAGCACGAAGUCGGCCACUGCGUUUCCUGCUUGCAGAAGUAUGACCCUCUUCAGGUUUCUGCUUCUGGCUCCAAGCGAAGGACGGUUCUCAUUGCAACCAUGGAGUACGACAUCGAGGACUGGAACAUCAAGGUCAAAAUUGGUGGGCUGGGUGUCAUGGCCCAGCUGAUGGGCAAGAAUCUCGGCCACCAAGAUUUGAUCUGGGUGAUUCCUUGUGUUGGCGGCGUGGAGUACCCUGUUGAUGAAACGGCCGAACCCAUGCUUGUGACCAUUCUCGAUGCAGAGUAUGAGGUCCAGGUGCAAUACCACAAGCUCCGCAACAUCACCUACGUCCUUCUCGAUGCGCCCGUUUUCCGACAACAGACCAAGGCAGAGCCGUAUCCAGCUCGCAUGGACGACAUGACGAGCGCCAUCUACUAUUCCGCAUGGAAUCAGUGUAUCGCUCAGGCUCUGACGCGCUUCCCCGUCGACCUCUACCACAUCAACGACUACCACGGAACGAUUGCUCCGCUGUACUUGUUGCCGCAAUCGUUCCCAGUCUGUCUGUCCUUGCACAAUGCCGAAUUCCAGGGUCUGUGGCCAAUGCGCAACAAAGCCGAGCGACAAGAGGUGUGCUCCGUCUUCAACCUCCCCGAACGGGUUGUCCAAGAAUACGUACAAUUCGGUGAGAUUUUCAACCUGUUGCAUGCCGGUGCUUCCCUGCUUCGAGUCUACCAGGACGGCUUCGGUGCCGUGGGUGUUUCGAAGAAGUAUGGCAAGCGUGCAUACGCCAGAUAUCCGAUUUUCUGGGGUUUGCAAAGCGUGCAAGGCCUGCCCAACCCGGAUCCCACGGAUACCGGCGAGUGGGACAAGAAGCUGCCCAAGGAAUCGGACAUGAAAGUCGAUCCCGUGUUUGAGAAGGAGAGACUCCAAAUGCGUGUCCAAGCGCAGCAAUGGGCCGGGCUCGAGGAGGAUCCGACCGCCGAACUCUUCGUCUUCGUGGGUCGCUGGUCGAACCAGAAGGGUGUCGAUUUGAUUGCCGACGUCUUCCCCUCCAUCCUCGCAUCCAACAAAAAGGUCCAGCUGAUCUGUGUCGGUCCGGUCAUCGACCUUUACGGAAAAUUCGCCGCUCUCAAACUGGACCGCCUGAUGAAGCUCUAUCCCAAGCGAGUCUUCAGCAAGCCCGAGUUCACCGCUCUCCCGCCCUACAUUUUCUCCGGAGCCGAAUUCGCUCUGAUCCCAUCUCGUGACGAGCCCUUUGGCUUGGUUGCAGUCGAGUUUGGCAGGAAGGGUGCUCUUGGUGUCGGUGCCCGAGUCGGUGGUCUUGGUCAAAUGCCCGGAUGGUGGUUUACCAUCGAGAGCAUGACGACCGAUCAUCUUCUCCACCAGUUCAAGGGCGCUAUCAACGAGGCCAUGAGCUCCUCCACAUCCGCAAGAGCGAAGAUGCGAGCUCGAUCGGCGAAGCAGCGCUUCCCGGUAGCGCAAUGGGUAGAGGAUUUGGAAAUUCUCCAGUCCACCUCCAUGCGCAUCUACCACAAGGUCAAGUCGGAGAAGCGCGCAUCUUCCGCCGAGACGCUGGUGGAUUUCGGUGCCCAGAAUCGUAUUACGGAUCUUACCGACCGAGCCGUGUCGCCAGAUGGCCCGAGUGCUGCUCUCUUGCCUCCUCCAAGCCGCGAGCAUUCGCCGACCAACAGCGAAGGCGAGGUGGAUAGAGCAUCGAGACCUUCUUCCACCGCAAGCCGUCCGCAGAGUCUAAACUUCUCGCGACGACACCAUGCGGAAGUGUACAAGGAAGCAACAUUCGGUGUCAGCCAAGGUCCAGGCCAUGUGGAGCAAGAGGACUGGAACGACGGCGAAGCUUCUGGUGGCCUCAACGAGGGCAAGUACUUCUUCCCUGACAACCACAAGCCAAACGUUGGAAGAGCGUUGUCGACGGAGCUAGUGCCACGACUCCCCUCGCCCGAGCUCGGCGUUGACGACGAUUCGGACAGCGAGGCUAGCAGCUACCACGACGACCUCGACGACCUUGACGAUGACCCCUAUGAAUAUGAUGAGGAAAUCCAGCGGCCGUCGUUUGAAGUUGAGGAGUUUCAAGUUGCACAGUCGGCACCGGCCCGAGCGAGGCUGGUCGCCGCUGAUUCCUAUCAUGACGACGAUGAGCCGCAGAGCUCCCAGUGGCCGCUUCCGCUGCAGCGAAUGGCUUCUUCCGCUUCGCGGAGUGGACAAUCCUCUCGACAACGCUAUGCGCCUGUGGAGAGCGGCGUUCAUUCUGAUGAUGACGAGGAGGAUGAGUUCUACGAGGAUGCCGGAGAUUCGGACGAUGACGAACAUGCGGAAGAUGCGGCCCUUCAUGCUGAUACCGAUGCCGAGGUCGUCGCAGCCUUCCCUUAUGCACCACCGCCGAUCCCCCAGGAUCCGCCUAGGCUGCUCCGGACCCGCUCCAUGGUAUCGGUUGACUCGAUCGUCGGCGAAAAGAAGGACUACAACCUCCAAAAGGUCGAUCCAUUCUUCACCGAUAGCAAUGGCUACUACUAUGAGAUUUUCAGCAAGAAGCUCGACAGCCUCGACAAGAACAACUCCGAGACAAGCAACUGCAUCGAGCAGUUCCUCAUCAAGUCGGAGAAGCAAUGGUUCAACAGCUUCCGCAAUGCCAAACUCGGUCGCGCUCCCAGCUCUCGGCCUUCGUCGAUUAAUCGCAAGUCUCGGACUCUGUCCUGGGGCCUUUCCUCCGCUGAGCGCGUUGCUCGAGAGAGGACGAGCUCCGACGAUGACGACCAAUCCGGAGACAACGCAGACGAAUUCCUCUUGGGGGCCGACUACAAGCCGCCUCGCGGCCUGAGGAAGUACAUGCAAUACCGCUUCCUCAGCUGGCCGGUCUACGCCUACUUCAUGGCCCUCGGCCAAAUUAUUGCUGCCAACAGCUACCAGAUUGUGCUGCUGACCGGUGAAAUCGGUGAGACGGCGCCGAAGCUCUACAUCAUCGCAUCCAUCUACCUCGUCUCCUCGCUCUGCUGGUGGUGGCUCUACCGCCGCCGACCCGCGGUCUUGUCUCUCUCGCUCCCAUUCGUCUUCUAUGGCAUCGCUUUCCUCCUCAUCGGCGUCGCGCCUUGGGCUUCUUACGCCGACAAGUUCUGGAUCCAGAAUGCCGGCACAGGCGCCUACGCAGUCGGCUCCGCCACCGGUGCGCUCUUCUUCUCCCUCAACUUCGGAGACGAGGGAGGCGCGCAGGUCAAGUCGUGGGUCUUCCGCGCUUGCGUCAUUCAGGGCUCGCAGCAAAUCUACGUCGCCGCUUUGUGGUACUGGGGCUCUGUCUUGACGAGGCGCACAUCCCAAGGCAUCGUCAUCACGACCGAUACGCUCGCCGGCAGCUGGAAGAUCACCGCCAUCACCCUCCCCAUCGCCGGCUUUUUGUGGGCCGUGGGGUUCGCCAUGUACGUCGGUCUGCCCGACUACUACCGCCAGACGCCCGGGCGCAUCCCGCGUUUCUACCGGUCGGUGAUGAAGCGCAAGGUCGUGCUGUGGUUCCUGUUCACCGCCGCGGUGCAGAACUUCUUCCUCAGUGCGCCGUACGGGCGCAAUUGGGCGUUCCUGUUCAGCAGCACGCAUGCCUCCACUUGGCAGGUGCUGUGCUUGAUGCUCAUCUUCUUUGUUGGCGUUUGGGGUGUUGCCCUUAUGAUCUUCCGUAAGCUGUCGAAGGCGCAUGCUUGGAUCUUGCCUCUCUUUGCCAUUGGACUGGGUGCUCCCAGAUGGGCGCAAAUCUGGUGGGGCACAAGCAACAUCGGCCUCUGGCUCCCCUGGGCCCCCAGCUUCCUCUGGAGCGCCCUCAUCUCCCGCACCCUCUGGCUCUGGCUCGGCGUGCUAGACGCCAUCCAAGGCGUCGGCCUGGGCAUGAUCAUGCUCUCCACCCUCACCCGCUCGCACGUCGCCUUCACCGUGAUCGCGACGCAAGUGCUCGGUUCCGCGACGACGAUGCUCGCGCGCGGCGUCGCGCCCAACCGCAUUGGGCCCGGCCCCAUUUCGCCGGAUAUCAGCGGCGGCGUGGCGCCGAUUUGGCAGGCGUGGUUCUGGAUUGCGCUGGCGUUUAAUUUGUUUGUUUGUGUUGGCUUCUACAAGUUCUACCGCAAGGAGCAGCUGUUGAAGCCUUAG